AAAGAGAACCAUGUAUUGACCUUCUAAAUCGGUCAGAGAAGUGGGAUUCUAUAACGAAACAAUUCGUCUCACACCCUGACCUGCCAAAACCUUCCAACAUGCUCCUCUUAUGGGUGUAGCGUCAGGGUGAUAAUGCUCGGGAUGAAGGUCUAUGUCUGCAGCUGGCUCUUUUUCGCUGUCCAGAAAGAGAUUUCAGCCAUUCUUAGGCUGAAUGGCAAAGAGAACGAGCAGCUCACCUUCACCUGUUCACAUUCAUGGGCCGUAACAAACGUAAAGUACAUCUGCAGACUUGGGUGUAGUGAUAAAGACAUCCUUAUCAGAUCUGUAGGAGUGGGGAUUAUAGCAAAGAAGGAACGAUACUCUUUAUACGACAGAGGAAGAGGGCUAUUUACUAUCACCAUCAACAGGCUGAAGAAGUCAGACGCAGGGAAGUAUUGGUGCGGAAUCGAGAGAACUGGCUUUGACACGUACCAAGAAGUGAACAUUAGGAUCCUGGAUGCCCCUCAGGUUACUGAAACACCUUCAACCCAGACGACCGUCAUGACUCACGUUAAAGGUCGGAACAGUUACAUUCUUGUGUGUGUAUUUGGCCUGCUGAUUAUUCUCAUUCUGAUGUGUCUGGCACUUCGGUACAGCCAAGCAAGAACAAGCCAUGUGGUGACAGAUUGUCUCUCAGUGUUGAUUUCUCAUACACCAGGUAGAGGCACGGGAAACAACAGGGUCAAUCAGAGCUCAUCAGUGGACCAAAACCCCACAACUGUCAAUCCAGUGUAUGUCAACAUCGAUUUCAACCUCAAACAUGAAAAUGUUUACCAGACGCUACGGAUUAAAGCCACCCAAUUAGACUCUUUAUAUGAGACUCUAUCUUCUGGUACUGAACAAUCAGAUCAAUGAAAGGAGAAAAGACUGAAGGUUUCAAAGAAAAGCAGCGUUAGUGAACUUUUAUAUUUUAGAGAUGAUUAAACCAGGCCUGAAGUGUGAUGUUGCUUUUAUACAACAGUUAUUUUGCUCCACGACUGGAGGAACUAACUAACCACAACUGGUGGAGCUGGCGACUGACAUUUUGCAACUGACAAUGAUUUUGGAUUCAGCUGUGUGUUAGCAGCUAAUUAGCUUGUCUUAGACGUAAGUUAAACAGCAUAGAGUGCAAAUUAGAAUGACUUAAAAUAAUUUAUUAAUCAGACAAAGCCUUGUUAAAAGUGCUGUUACCGUGCAUUAUCACAACUCGUAGAAUGCCUCUUGUCCAAUAGGAUUGCUUGAUUGGAACUAAGUGUUGUACAGUAAAAAUAUUGAAUACCGAGUCAUGCUGUUAUAUGUGGUGUGAUAAGGAGGAGUUACUGAAGUUGAUUCUUUUUCAAUAACGGAAUAUCUCAAAGAGAAUAUAUAACAUUGGGUAUUUUAGGUGUAUACAACAGUAGAGAUUUAUACUGUAUAUAGCAUCAAGUUUAUGGUGUCUUGCCAUUAUAUCAGUACUUUCAUUUCUAUGCAUUGGAUGUGUUAAAGGCUACAUAAAUGAAGUCUAAUUUCUUCGAAUUUUGUUCAGUUUUAUAUUAUGCUCAUUAUUGUAUGUUAGGAAUCAAAGAGGAGUCAAAUAAUUUAAAACUGCAGAGACGUUCCUACUAUAAAGCAUCUAAAAAAUGGACAACUGCAAUGAUACUAAUUAAGGAGAUGUACUCUCUUAAGCUGUGUAGUGAGUGGAUUUCAUCAUGAGUUUAUUUGUAAUAAACGUAAAUACUGCAUGAAAC